AACGUUCUGUGUUGCAUGGGUAACUUCGGUGGGGCGACCAUACGUGGUAGGGGCGAAGUAGUGCGUAUGAGAAAUGAUUUUGAGUCAGAGUACAAUACAGUUCGACAAGCCACGGAUCCCGUCGAUCACAUUCACUAACAAUUCCGAGAAAAUAUAAGAAUCGCUCGUGCAUCGUGCAUCGCAGAGAGAAUCUUAUGAGUAAAGGAUUAUAUCAUUGUGUGUAUAUCAGUACAAUUGAUGAACAACAAUGCCAACGACAAUGAUGCAUACCGAAGAUUCCGUCAACUUUACGAUUAAUGGAGUACCAUACAAAGUCUCGGGAGGCAUACCGACGAACACGUCCCUCAAUGUGUACAUUCGCGACUAUGCGAAACUCCGCGGCACAAAGGCCAUGUGCCAUGAGGGUGGUUGCGGUGCCUGCAUCGUGGCUGCGGAAAUCAAGGGGGAAACAAUGGCUGUGAAUUCUUGCCUUGUACCGAUAUUAAUUUGCGACGGAUGGGCAAUUCAUACGAUCGAGGGUAUAGGAAAUAGACGAGAUGGCUAUCAUUCGAUUCAAGCUGCGCUCGCUGGAAAAAACGGUACGCAAUGCGGAUAUUGCUCUCCCGGCAUGGUGAUGAAUCUUUACAGUCUCACGAAAAACAAGAAAUUGACAAUGCAACAGAUCGAAAAUUCGUUCGGCAGUAAUAUUUGCCGAUGCACGGGUUAUCGGCCGAUUCUGGAUGCGUUUAAAGGAUUCGCCAGCGAUGCGACUCCCGCACUGAUGAAGGAUAUUCGCGAUAUCGAGGAGCUCUACAAGGUCAAAACCUGCCCGAAAAACGGAUUGCCAUGCAGAAACACUUGCGCCGAUAAACAUUCAAACAACGUAAAAUUGGAUAUAAAGUUGGAAGACGCGGAAUUCUAUAAAGUUUACUCAAUCGAGGACUUAUUCGCGAUAUUUCAACAGAAACCGAAGGCCACAUACAUAUUAAACGGCGGAAAUACGGCGCACGGUAUUUAUCGCACGGGCAAAAACGAUCUUUACAUCGACAUAAACGACAUCCCGGACCUGCGUCGCAUCCAAAAGACCAAUCAAGAUUUAACCUUGGGCGGGAAUAUAUCCCUUACCGUGGCGAUGGAGACCUUUCAGAAGUACUCGUCCGAGGCAGGAUUCAAGUACCUGCGUCAUCUGGCCCAUCACAUCGACCUGAUCGCUAGCGUGCCGGUACGCAACAUUGGCUCCAUCGCUGGCAAUCUGAUGAUCAAGCACGCGCACAACGAUUUUCCAUCCGAUUUGUUCCUGAUGUUGGAAACCGCCGGUACCCAAAUACAUAUCCUCGAGACACCCGGUCGCAAGACAAGCAUGAUGCUACAGGAAUUCCUCGGGACCAACAUGCGCCACAAGAUCAUCUACAGUGUGGUGCUGCCGGCGCUGUCCGAUGAAUAUGAGUACAGAUCUUACAAGAUCAUGCCAAGAGCGCAGAAUGCCCAUGCACAUGUCAACGCUGGCUUCCUCUUCGCGCUCGACGGCGGUGGCAAGGUGCUGAAGAAGCCCAACAUCAUCUUCGGUGGUAUCAACGAGCACUUCCUGCACGCGAAGAAAACCGAGGAGCUGUUGGUGGGUAAAUCGAUUUUCGAUCAACAAGUGCUAAAAACCGCCUUGGAGACGCUGCACAACGAACUCAAACCUGAUCACGUGCUGCCGGACUAUUCGCCGGAAUUCCGCAAGACCCUCGCUGAAGGAUUAUUUUACAAGUUUGUGCUAAGCAUCAAACCGGAGAACGUGAAUUCCAAGCUUCGCAGCGGCGGCACUAUCUUGGAACGAGGACUUUCUUCAGGUACACAGGACUAUGACUCGGACAAGAAUUUGUGGCCGGUGAACAAGGCGACGAUAAAGCUGGAGGCAAUUCAGCAGACGUCGGGCGAGGCCCAGUAUUGCAACGAUCUGCCGCCGUAUCCUAGAGAAGUGUUCUGCGCCUUCGUCAGUACGGAUAUCGGUAACGGCAAGAUCCAGAGCAUAGACGCGAGCAAGGCGCUGGCUAUGAAGGGCGUGGUAGCGUUCUUCAGCGCCAAGGACGUGCCUGGCAAAAAUCUAUUCGCCUCGGGCGCCAACAAGUUGAUAAUGCUGAACUUUGACGAAGUUCUAUUCGCCGAGGACGACAUUCUCUACGCCGGCCAACCGGUCGGCGUGAUCGCCGCCGAGACGCACAAUUUGGCAAAUGAGGCCGCGAAAUUGGUGGAGAUCAAGUACGGCGAGCCAUUGAAGAGGAAGCCAGUGAUAACUGUCGAGGACGCUCUUGCAACGAAAGACGAUAGCAGAAUCAUGGUGGGCACGAGUAUUCCGGCGCAGAAGAAAGGAGACAAUAUUAAGCAUGUGAUAAAGGGCGUCUUAAAAUUAUGCAGCCAGUAUCAUUACACUAUGGAGACUCAGUCUUGCGUAUGCAUUCCCACGGAGGAUGGCAUGGAUGUCUAUCCAGCUACGCAAUGGAUAGAUAACAUUCAAGUAACUAUCGCGGAUUGCCUUGAUGUCAAGAACAAUAGUAUCAACGUCAGCGUUAAACGAAUCGGUGGUGCAUAUGGGGCGAAAAUUUCCCGCAACGCACAGAUCGCGUGUGCCUGCGCGUUGGUAUGUCACAAGCUGAAUCGCCCGGCACGAUUCGUCAUGACGAUCGAGAGCAAUAUGCAAUCGGUGGGCAAGAGAAUCAUGACGCAUAAUGAUUACGAGGUAGGCGUCAACGACGAAGGGGUCAUCCAGUAUCUUGAUGCGAAAUUUUGGUGCAACACCGGUUGCAGCUUCAACGAACCCACCGCUUCGGUCAUAUCGCAUCAUUUGGCCAACUGUUACGCGACCGACACUUGGACAAUAAACGGAUACGAAGUGCGAACCGAUAUACCAUCAAACACGUAUUGUCGAGCGCCAGGCUCCUUGGAAGGAGUAGCCAUGAGCGAGAAUUUAAUGGAGCACAUCGCGAGGGUGACGAAAAAGGAUCCUUUACAAGUCAGACUGUCGAAUAUGAACGACGCGGACAAGGCUCCGCUAGAAGCAAUGAUACGCGAGCUGUCAAAGUCAGCUGAUUACGAGAUGCGAAAGCGAGCCGUCGAAAUUUUCAACAACGAGAAUCGUUGGAAGAAGAAGGGAAUCGCUCUGGUGACGAUGAUGUAUCCGUUCAUGUAUUGGGGACAAUUCAACGCCAUGGUGUCGAUUUGCGCGCGCGAUGGUACGGUCUGCGUGACACACGGCGGGAUCGAAUGCGGCCAAGGUAUAAAUACAAAGGUUGCUCAAGUGGCAGCUUUCACCCUGGGAAUCGACCUAAGUUUUAUCAGCGUCAAAGCAAGCAAUAACAUAGUAACACCCAACAACUCGGUUACCGGAGGAAGUGUUAGCAGUGAAAGUUGCGCAUACUCCACAAUUCAGGCCUGCAAGGAACUCUUGAAGAGACUCGAGCCGAUCAAGAAAGAAUUGAAAGACCCGAGUUGGAAGGAGCUCGUUUUGACGGCGUAUCUAAAGGAUGUUGAUUUAUGCGCACGACAUAUGUUCGCACCCACGCAGGAUGACACAAUCAAGCCUUACAAAAUUUACGGUGUCACCAUCGCCGAGGUCGAGAUCGACCUGUUGACUGGCCAGCACACUGUCAAUAGGGUGGACUUAAUGGAGGACGCUGGUAUGAGUUUAAGUCCGGAGAUCGACGUCGGUCAGGUAGAGGGUGCUUUCGUGAUGGGAAUGGGAUACUGGACUUCCGAGGAUCUGGUGUACGAUCCUAAAACAGGAGCAUUGACAAAUUAUAGAACUUGGAACUAUAAACCGCCAGGAGCAAAGGAUAUUCCCGUUGAUUUCCGCGUGUCCUUCGUUAGAAACUCGAAUAAUGUACUCGGUGUCCUUCGUUCAAAGACGACCGGUGAGCCACCGCUCGCCAUGGCUUGUGUAAUUCCAAUCGCAAUCCGCAAGGCAUUGAACUCUGCCAGGGCGGAUGCCGGAAACACGGAUGACUGGUAUCAAUUGGAUGCACCAUAUACCAACGAACGUAUAGUUUUAAACGGUUUAACCAGCAAGGACAACAUGGUGCUGAGUGAAAGUGUGACUCGUUUAUGCGAGAAAAUAAAGCGGUGCUUCAAAUAAAUCCUAUAAUUAUUGUCGUUCUUCUCUUUAAUCGCUCUUUUUCUCAAACCAGAAUAAAUUUAGCCCCGUACGACUAAGACAAUUCGUUUUAACAUCCGCGUUUCGCCGAUACAAGAGGUUUCAGGGUAAUAGCAUCGCAAUAAUAUGUGUAAUUAGAUUAGUUAACAGGCUUUUAACACAACUAAGGCACACAAUUUCUGUUUUAUGGUAAAUAAUUUCAAUAAAUACUUCUCUAUUAAACGCCAUUGAUGUGCUACAUAGUAAAUAUUACAACAACAAAUUUGCGAUGUAUAAUUUGUAAUUAAUGAUCAUACAAUAUAAAGUAUAUGUCGGAGAGAGAAAUAAUAAUCGUAUAUAUAUAAAUAAUAAUUCAAUAUAAGUAUAUAUAUAUAUAUAUAUAUAUAUAUCUAUACCUCUCUCAAGAGAAUCUACAGCAACGAUUAUUACCGUAUAUAUGUAUAUACGCGGACAUCAAACGUUAAACACGUUGACACCGUUUACAUUAUUUGCACUUGAGGGUGGAUGAGAAAAAGGGCUGGGGAAUAAAAAAAACGGAACGAAACGAGAUUAUGGCAUAUCAGAGGUUUGAUUCGCAAAAUCAUUUAAUUAACGCAUAAUGUGCAUCGCCGCAAAAUGGAGAAAAACAUGGAAUGUGUUCCUUCCACGGCACCACUCACGCCAUUCUCAAGACGUCCCGUUCGCUCGAAAUAAUCGCUAUUCACGUGUCGCGAGGGGGAGAAACAUGCCAAACUUAACUCUGAGCGCGCAGCCUUAAUAAUUAAAAAUUUUUAGCGCGCGCGCGUAACAAAUAUACCAUUAAGCAUAAAUAGCGAAAGUUAAAAAGAUCGAUGUAAUCUUGAAGAGAUAAAAUUUCGCUGCUGCAAUGUGUGUGUGGAUAUCGUAUAUCUUAUCUAUAUAUAUCUCUAAAUACAUAGAAUAAGGAUAGAGAUCGUUUCCGAUAAUUAUACAGCAUCGAGAUUCAGAUUCUUCGAGAUUAGAUCGAUUUUUGCUCCCCUGAUAAAUAGUAUCGCGAUGCACGAGCAUGUAUCUCUCAUUCUUAACAUCCAUUCUCUGUUGUUCUUUCUCGUCUCUCCCUGAUAAUGCUGGUCGCGAAGAGACGGGGUAAAGAUUCCUUUAGUUCUGAACACCAAACGCUCGGAGAAACAACGCCGCCUUUAUCUUCUUAUACACCUCUCUAAUCCGAUAAUCGUCGCAAGCUACCUUAAACGCCGUGUACACUAUAGAAAGUAGAGCGGUCCCUUUCGUUAUUGUUUGAAUGGAGGAUAGUGAUAUAUUUCGCGCUUGUCUUUGACAGCCGCCAAGCACGUGGCCGAACGAGAAAGCAGGCGGCCGUGACGACUAUAGUCGCGACUCGAACGAGAUCGAUGCUACACACAAUGAAUUACCGCAAAUAAUUUUCUGCAAAAACUUCCAUUUUUUUUCUCUUAUUCGGACAAUUGUGGUGUAAUGAAAAAAUCGAUAUUGCGGCGACUACGCGCAUGCUUUAAAGAUAAUAGCCAUAAUAAGAAACGCAAUCACAUUGGUUACGUUUUUGUACGAUUGUUGGAUUUUUAUCAGAACCAUGUGAUAUAGGUCUUCCAGAUUUUACAACAAAGACAAAUUUAGAACUAGUUGUAAAUUUUUCAUUUUCUCUACGCGAAUACAUUUUCUUUAAAUAUCUUGAUAAUUAGAACCUAAUUGGAAAUUAAGAUAGAAUUAUUUAAAAUUAAUUAAAAGCUAAGAGAAAAAUCGUUAUAUUUAUACAAUUUAUAUUUCUCUCGUUGAAGCUUGAUUCGCAAAAAAAUUAUCGUUUUCCAUGACAAAAGGCUUCCUAUUGGCGUUGAAUGAAACAGCCGUGGCUUUUUUUUUAAUUUAAAUCCUAUUUUCUAUACUUGAAAAGAUGUCUCGUGAUUUUGAAACAUCCCGUAUGAAAUAUAUACAUGCAUAUAAUUUAUUUAAAGAUAUUAAUAAAAUAAAAUGAGAAUUUUUAUAUAAGAUUUAUAUGCUAUUAAUUACUAAUUCAUGCUAAUUAAACUAUCCAUUCGAUUUAUUUCAGUCCCGUCCAAAUCGCGACUCUAGUCACCACUCGAUUAUACUUUUUGCGUGUCGCAACACACACGACCAUAUAUAUUUAUGUGUAUAUAUAUAUAUAUAUAUAUAUAUAUAUAUGUACUACAAUGAUACAUAUACAAGCAUAGAUGAGAUUACGUUAAAACUAAAUAACAGUAAAUUUCUCCCUGUGGAAAUUUCGAGCUCUUUUUUUCUUUCGCUUUCUCGGGGAAAACAUGAGAAGCAUGACAAGCCGUCCUUGGAGCAACAAAAAGACAUCUCUAUUAGAUCGCGAUGAAAAAAUGUUGGAAAUGUUGGAACAACACAGCGCUGAUUUUUCCAUUUUUCUUUUCUCUCUCUUUUUCUCGUUUCCGGAAUGAAUAACAUUUUUAUUAGCUCCUCGGACCGGUCGGCUGUCUUAUUCUCGAUAAAUAUAUAAGAUCCAUUCUAUAAAUACUAACAAUAUACAGUGUGUGUAUUCUUACGCGGCCGAAAGGUUUUACAUUAACUAUGCGGGCCGAUAAGAAGUUGCGACAAGAAUAUCUUACUAGUUUACAGCGAGAGAGAUAGAAUACAGUUGGAUUAUCUCGUUUUACAUCUUCAUAUAAUACGAUAAUCAUAUAUACGUAAUAUUGUCCUGUUACGCUCGGCGGCACCGGUAGCUUUAGACACGAAUAUGUCAAUUUUGAUCGAGAAAAAAUAAAGAGAAAAAUGAUCGAAAGCGAUACUGUACAAUACGGAAAAGAUACAUGGAUGUACCGAUUAGCGGUUUAAUCAGCAAACGACCAUUCGUUAGGUAAGCGAAGAAAAUGUGUCGUCCAUAUGAUAGGCAUAAAAAGCGUAGAUUAGAUUUAUUUAAUUAUUUACGAAAUGAUCGUGCAUUAAUCGACUAAGGUCAAUGUAUGAUGCAAUUGUACUAAUUAUAUUAGAAAAGAGACUUCCCUUUUUUUUUU